AUGUCCAAAUUGGCUCCAGUCGAUGAGCUAACCGAGUCAGAUGGCAUCGUGAGUCCAUCUCGUUCCAUCGAUCACAAGCAUUCUACGAUGGAUGCUCAAGAUCCACGAGAGUGGUCGUCGACUCGGAAGACUUUGCUCUUCAUGGCACUCAUGUCGAGUUCUUUCCUAGCUGAUGGAGCCAUGGUCUGGGGUUCAACGCUGGUAACUCCGCAAGCGAUCGACUGGGAUAUCACCGUUGAUCACUCGGCGACCAGUAUGAACUAUGGCAUUCUACUUCAAGGCUUCGGUGGUAUCUUUGCCGUUCCGCUGAUCGAAGCUUAUGGACGAUUUCCGAUCUGGAUCUGGCCCCAGGUCAUCACCAUGUUCAUGGUCCUGGGGGCAACGCUUUCGACGGAUUAUGCCACCUUCACCACCUUUCGUUCCCUGCAGGGCUUGUUUGGGACCGUGCCGCAGGUGAUUGGACUGCCUAUUAUUCAUGAUAUCUAUAGACCCGAUGAGUGGCCUCGUAUGAUUAAUAUCUGGGGAACCACCUUCUUAGUUGGUCCUUUCUUGGGUCCAGCCAUUGCAGGCUAUAUCGGGGCUGGCACUAACUGGCGGGAUUCAUUUGGGAUCCUGACGGCGUUGUAUGGUCUGUCCACGGCGAUGGUGCUUCUGUUCGGACGUGAGACCUACUAUGUACCGGGUAAGACCGGGACUCGAGUUGGCUCGUACUUUGGCGUUGGAAAUACGGAGCUCCCGAAGCUGGCGACCAUUGCAGAUAGAUGCCGGACGCUGGUUAUCUAUAUUUUCAAGUUCCCGCUGUUCCUGACAGGUAUUGCUGUCCUGGUGACAUUUACCUGGCCAAUUGGAAUCACAACCACCAUCGAUACUUUCCUACACAGCCCUCCAUACCUCUUCGAUACAAUCCAGGCUUCUUCUAUGCGUUUUGCCGGUGUCAUUGGGACUCUUUGCGGGUACCUAGUUGGUCAUGUUUUCAACGAGUGGAUCUACCGCCGCCACUCUCACAAUUGGCGCACUGAGUAUCGGCUCCAUGGGGUGUGGUUCCCGGUCGGUAGCAUGGCAGCAGGCCUCCUCACCUAUGGAUUGACGAUGAACUUUGAAAAACACUGGAUAGGCAUUGCAUUCGGUUGGAUCAUGGUGAAUAUCGGCUUGGUAGCGAGUAUUGUGGCGAUUACCGCGUACGCUCUCGAGAAAUAUCCCGGCCAAGCAACCUGUGUCUCGGCCAUUCUGAAUAUGUGGCGCACCUGUGGCGGGUUUACCGUGGGUUAUUUCCAACCGGCUUGGAUCACGCGAAACGGGCUGGGCCUGGUAUUCGGCAUCCAGGCGAUUAUAGUGGUGGUGGCCACUAUCUUGACCAUCACGCCGGUGUUUCUGCGCGAGCGUAGUAAGAGACGACCGGAGGACCCCGAGGCGGAGACUUCAGAGACUGCUUGA